UACUCUGGGUCGGCAAACAGUUUGUUGUGGUGUGAAGCGCGCGGGCUGCUGCUGCCGGUUUUCGCAGCGGCCGCUUGUGCCAACAAACGGUCGGUGCCGUCCCCUCCCUUGACGGAUUCGAAAGCGACUAGCCCGCCCGCCCUAGGUGCCACCAUCGGCGGUGGUCGUUGUCGCCACCGUGCUUUCGGUUUCUUUUUUCUUUCUUUCUGCACCGUCGGUCACCAUCGGCUACUUCAACCAUUGGCGCAGCACGUCAACGCGUUGUUACUUUGGACGGCUGCGUGUCGAGCCAUGGACUGGUUGGAAGACUGUCGCUUCAACGCGCGCUCCAGGAAGAAACGUGUGUGAUCGUUGUACCAACUUCGGCGGCUCGGACCAAAUUUGGAUUCGCUGACGCGCAAGGCGCGUCUUCACGUUCUGGCUGCAUCAUGGCUCUCCUAGGGCGAGGGGACAUUGGCCAUCACGAGAGCCAGGGAAACACGCCGGCAUCGAGUGCUCCGACCAGAUCUAGCGGCGUCACCUGCAGUCGCCCGACGGCAUGGAGGCCGAACUGAAGCCGCCUCUGGUGGAUUUCGAGUUCAAGCAGGAGCAUCCGCGGCUGGGCGGCACGCCGCUGGCCAUGCUGGCAGCGCAGUGUAACAAGCUGGCCAGCAAGAGUCCGCCUCCUCUGGCAGACGCCGCCGUGGGCAAGGGCUUCCACCCGUGGAAGAAGGCGUCGUCCUCGUCCCAGCCGCCCCACCAGCAGCAGGGCAACUCGUCCUCUUCGUCGGCCAGCAGUCCGCCCCCGCCCGUGCCGGUGUCGUCGUCCGGGGGACUCGGGCCGCAGUCGGGACACCCGUCCCAGCACCCUAGGCUGGGACACUCGGGACCCUACCAGCACAACCACCAGCGGUCGCCCGGCUCUGCGGCGUCCACGACGACCGCCCCGUGCAGCUACCCGUCCGAGUCGCUGUUCUACCCGGGCGUCUCGUCGGCGUCCUCGGCGGCGUCCAGCGGCGAGUCCCUCCUGGCCAAGGUCGAGCCCCUGGGCCGGAUGUACUCCCACGCGUACUGCGAGAACUGGCCCUUCCCGGGCGCGGCCCACAUCAAGCCCGAGGUGCCCGCGAACGCGUUCAACUCGACCCCCUGGUGGGAGGUUGGCGCGGCGACGGGGGGCUCUUGGCUGGACGUGUCCGCUGCGGCCGCGGGCCACUCGCAGCUGCCCAACGCGUACGGUGCGGGCACCGACUACGGCCUCGGCUCGGGCCUGACCGGCGGGCCGCUGCUGGGCUCGUCCCCGCUGCUCCAGGACACGUACAAGUCGAUGCUUCCGGGGCAGGGGGCCCCCGGGGUGGGGUCGCCGUUCUCGCUGGCGCAGCCGGCGCUGCCGCAGGUCGCCGCCUCGUCGCCGCGCUCGCAGCGGAGGUACACGGGCCGCGCGACCUGCGACUGCCCCGACUGCCAAGAGGCCGAGCGGCUCGGACCGGCCGGGGCCCACCUGCGCAAGAAGAACAUCCACUCGUGCCACAUCCCGGGCUGCGGGAAGGUGUACGGCAAGACGUCGCACCUCAAGGCCCACCUGCGCUGGCACACGGGCGAGCGGCCUUUUGUCUGCAACUGGCUCUUCUGCGGCAAGCGGUUCACCCGGUCGGACGAGCUGCAGCGGCACCUCCGCACGCACACGGGCGAGAAGCGGUUCGCCUGCCCCGUCUGCAACAAGCGGUUCAUGCGCUCCGACCACCUCAGCAAGCACGUCAAGACGCACAACGGCGGCGGCUCGGGAGGCGACAAGAAGGGCAGCUCCUCGGGAAGCUGCUCCGAUUCGGACAACUCCCAGAGCGAGGCGCUCACGGGCCCCAGGCUGGGCGCCCCGGGGCAACCCGGGGUCGCCCUCGGGGCGCACGUGCCGCUCGGCGUCAUCGGCAUCGGCGUCCCCCCGCACGGGGAGGGUCCGGUCCAUCGGCACAAGUGACCUCCUUGCCGUCGAUGACUUGGUCGGCGGGCGUUCCGCCGGAGGAUUCCGGGCGGCGCGCCGCCGGCGUCGCCGCUGCUGCUGAGGAACACGUCGGUGCGCUUCGGAACGUUCGGGCAGCUGCGGAUGCAGGGAGGAUAGUCUCCGAUGAAGGGCCGAGCGGCCCGGGGGUCAGCGCUCUCUCGAAACUCUCUGUCUGGCACGCUCUCGGGGUCGGGCUUGCGGCAAGCGACGCCUUCUCAGACCGCAGUCGAUGAUUAGUCCUGUACGCGAGGAGGAAUCAGAACGUAGUACGGAUCGGGCUGAAGCUCACGCAGGCUGAAACUUCAGGACGCUUGAAAAUCAGAUAGCGUAAACCCUAAGCAGGCGACGACACGUUUUCCUUAAAAUUCAAAUUUCUUCUUCACAUAACGUGACCCUGAAACGAGGCUUUUGCACAAUUUUUUAGCUUUUUAUUUGUGUUUUUGUUCUUAGAGUCAUACGCAUUACUGUAGGCGAAUCGGAUGUGGCAGGAGCAAGUAUUUCGUACUGAGGUAUGUGACGUACUUUCGCUGAUUAAUUCCAUCGAUUAAAAGGUUUUAUUUAGGCAGAAAACAGUGGCUUAGGAAUUCAUGUUCAGUUCGUACGUCCAUUAAAAACAAAGUGAUUUCGUUUCAUGCAAGAUAAUUUAACUCGGCCUUAAGAAAAAUCGUCAGUCAAUAUUUUCUUUUUUUAGUUUUCUCAGUUUACACAAAUAGAAAUAUUUGUAAACACUUCAAGCGCGUUUUUUUUUUUUUCGAGAUGCCUAAAAUAAUUUUAUUUUGCGUCCAGCGUCCAGGAUGGUACAUGAUUGUGUGGAAGGCACCGAAGUUAUUAGAUCAUCUAUAUUUUUUCAGGCCAAUGUCAAUAUGUCUGCCUGGCAAGUUUUGAAGAUGCGACUAUGUAGGGUUCUGCCGUCUCAGGGAAAUUCUUUCAGAACACGACAGAUCAUGGUAUGCUAAGCCGUGAAGACUAGAAAAUAAAUUUAAGCCAACGAGAACCUCGCUUUUAUUAUAACGGUUUCAUCUAAAUUUAGAGUUUUCCUAAAGAAUGACAUCUAAACUUGUUUUGCUCGGAUAUUCCAAGAGGCCGAUACGGGUUUUCAGAUUUCAUAUUAGCACACCAAAAUUUUCAUCUUUUAGAUUUUAGACAAUCUGGAUUUCGGCGUUUAACGAACACGAGUCUGUGUAGUAGGGCUGGUGAUACGGUCGGUAACUCAUAAUUAAAUGAUGCCCGGUUUACGCCGUAAACCGUCCGCUUUGCGCCGUUACACGAAGUCAUUAAAUUGUCCUUAUUUGAUAGACAAAGCUCUGCGGUAGCCAAGUCUACCCAAUCGAUCAGCUGUCGGGUGGUCUGAGAACGGUCCAGAUCUUCAAAUCUCUAAAACAACGGUGAAGCCCGACCCCCCUUUUCCCUCACGGCGCGAAAGCUUCAGGGUGGCUCGCCUCUCAAUGUUGCCAUACUCUUUCAAGCUGACUCUGACUCCGUGUGUGCCUGAGGACUGUUGUGACUGCUGGCAACACUGUGCGUGUAUGUGUGCUGUGUGAAGCGCGCGACGAAGACUUUUUUUUUGCCCGACGACAACUGAGGUUUUUGUGACCACUGUGUUGUUUGUUGGCAUGUGUGCGCGCGACCUUAGUUUUUGUUUUCAUGAGUCCACCUUUGUUUUCAAGUAUCGCGCGAAUUUUCGCGCGGGCCAUGUUUUUUUUGUAUUUUCUUCGAGUGUUAUUAUUAUUUUAGUUAUUGUAAUUAUUAUGUUGCUGUUUUAUCUUAUUUUUAGGGGAAAACACGAACGAUUAAGGUACUACGCGAUGUCGUAGCGCAAGCUACAAUAAAAAACAUAAAAAGAAACGACGUAGUCUUUGAGAAACAAGUUCUGCCGCGGGUGCGUUUUUUAACAAUGUUGUUUUGGCUUUAGUUUUUAUUUUUUGAAUCUGACAUUUCGCGAACAUUGUUGUAAAUAGUGAGCCACAAAGAGGGAGAUACUUGUGAAAUUAUGUAAAUUUCAGCUCGUCCCUGAGUGUGUGGAUGUGCGUGCGUAUGUGCAUUGUGUAUUAUGUGCCCAAAAUCAUCGCGACAAAAUUUGUUUUUCGUGAGAAUAAACGCGAACUCAUGUUUUACAAUACUCAAUUCUAAUGGCAAUUAUCUUGGAGAACAUGAAUAGAAUUUAGCUUUCAAACUACAAAUUUUCGAAAAAAGCAAACUUUGUCCUAUCGGUUACUAUUUUAGUAAGAUGUUUGUUCGAUGAAAUCUGGUCAUUCUGUUUAUUUUUUUUUAUGGAAAUGUCAACUUGAUCGUGCGUACUCACUAAAUGUCGUGUCUUCUAAAUCACUCGCAGAAUUUGAGUUGUUGUUGAUGUUAUUUUUCUCCUCGCAAGUGUAAUAAUGCUAAGGAUUGAUGACAAACUCUAGUAAUAAUGACCAAUGACAAUAAAAAAAAGAGGAACUUGUUCGUACAGAACGUACA